AUGGGUAAUGGUGUGAAGGAAGGCGCGGUGCGAUUGCGUGAGGAUGCCGACACCGUCCUGCCCUCAUCCGUCCCUUCAAAGACCGAUCACAGGCAAGUUCUCAGCUCCCUCUUUUCUGGGGCCCUGGCUGGCGCUCUUGCCAAAACAGCAGUAGCUCCCUUGGACCGAACCAAAAUCAUUUUCCAAGUAUCUUCAAAACGAUUUUCUGCGAAGGAGGCCUUCCGGCUGCUCUACUACACCUACCUCAACGAGGGCUUCUUCAGCCUCUGGCGCGGGAACUCGGCCACCAUGGUGCGAGUGGUGCCCUACGCUGCUAUCCAGUUCAGCGCGCACGAGGAGUACAAGCGAAUCCUGGGCCGCUACUACGGCUUCCGUGGAGAAGCCCUGCCCCCCUGGCCUCGCCUCCUGGCAGGGGCCCUCGCCGGAAUCACAGCUGCUUCACUUACCUACCCCCUGGACCUGGUCCGAGCCCGCAUGGCCGUGACCCCCAAGGAAAUGUACAGCAACAUCUUUCACGUCUUCAUCCGCAUCUCCCGGGAGGAGGGGCUGAGGACCCUCUACCACGGCUUCACGCCCACCGUGCUGGGCGUCAUCCCCUACGCCGGGCUGAGCUUCUUCACCUAUGAGACUCUCAAGAGCCUGCACAGAGAGUACAGCGGCCACCGGCAGCCCCAUCCCUUCGAGCGCAUGAUCUUCGGGGCCUGCGCGGGCAUCAUCGGGCAGUCCGCCUCGUACCCGCUGGACGUGGUGCGCAGGCGCAUGCAGACGGCUGGCAUCACGGGCCACCCGCGCACCUCCAUCGCCUGCACGCUGAGCACCAUAGUGCGGGAGGAGGGCGUGGUGCGCGGCCUCUACAAGGGCCUGAGCAUGAACUGGCUCAAGGGCCCCAUCGCCGUGGGCAUCAGCUUCACCACCUUCGACCUCAUGCAGAUCCUGCUGCGGCGCCUGCAGAGCUAG